CCGAGCCGGGAACCAAUCAGAGAGCGGGAGGCCGAAGCGGUGACCAAUCAGAGAUCGAGAGGCCGAAUAGAUGACCAAUCAGAGACCGGGAGGCCGAAUCGGUGACCAAUCAGAGAGCGGGAGACAGGACGCACCGAGGGGCCGUUGCGAUGCCGGAGGAUGUGAGCGGGAGGGCCGGGGAGGCUGAGCCUCUGGGCCCGCUCCGCUCACACAACAGCUGUGAGCCGUCAUAUGUGACCUUCUGUAACUGUACCGGCCGCAGGGUGAAGCCCGUCUGGAUCAACUACCGCGGAGAGCCCGUCCCGUACAGCACCAUGGCGGCACAGAGCGGCCGCAGGAUGACAACCUACUUCGGCCACCCUUGGAUGUUCCGCGAUGCUGUUUCUGAUGACCGGCUCCUGGUCAACGGGCAUGAAGUCUUUGUACCACCCGCUGGACAAGUUAAUGAAAUUGGACAACCGUGCUACAUUAUGGUUAAGAUCACAAUACCAGUUUAUACACUAAAGGAGAGGUGUCUGCAAGUAGUGCGGAGCCUUGUGAAGCGAGAGGAUUACAGAAACCUGGAGAUUGUUGGAUCACUUUACGAUGAACUGGAAGAUCAGCCACAGAUCCUGAAAGAUCUUAAGCGAAUUCAAAAGCAACUUGCUGAAAGAGAGGAGACCUUAGCUGACAGGGAGUCACCUUGAACCUCCUCUACCUUUUCUUUCUCCUCUCUUCUCCUCCCCUAACUAAUCCUCCCCACCUCAAAUGAAGACUUGUAUAUUAUGUAUAAUCAAGCUGCAAAUAUCCCAGUCUAUAUACAGUAGAAUGGACCAGAUCAGUUUUUUAAAAAUGUGAUGUAUACCUAGUGUAGUUGUGAUGUAAAGUGUAAACAAGACUUUUUUUUCUGAUUGUCUAAAUGCUUAGACCUUUAUUGUACAAUAAAUUUUCAACUUGUCAUCUUCCUCUUCCAUUUUCAAACAAACACAGAACAUGUAGAAUUCAACGCCAUCUGUGGAAAGAGAAACAAAUUAAUAUUUAGAGUUCAGUAUAGUCUUUCAGAAAAGUCAUACCAGACUCCAUGUUAACACUGUUUUUCUUUUUACAGAAUCUGCCAGACUUGUUGAGCUUCUCUAGUACUAUGUUUUUAUUUCAGAUUUUACCAGAUCACAGAAGCAAUUAUUGUUUUGCAUGGUACGUUUAUCUCCCUGAUAGUUCUGUAAGAGAAUACAGCAGGUGUUUUUGUACGAAGCUUGAGUAUUGCUGACAGAAGAGGAUGCUGUCAAGCUUCGCUGUCUUGUACGUAUCAGGGCAGAUGCAAAAAUCCACCAUUUCAAAGGGAACAAAAGUUUCUACUUGCACUAGAAACAGAGUGCUGAUGAGUGUUACCUUGACCAAUCAGUUCCCUAGCUAAGCACUCAGCAUGCUACUUUUCAGGAGUUUAAAUUGAUUUUGGGAUUCAGUGUUGUUAUGAUUUUGACUUAGUGAAUACAAAGCAAACUGCUUUGGCAUCGUGUUGCCCUGUUCAACAGUACCUGGUGUGUUACUUGUCUGUAUGAACAUCAUGGCCUCAGACUCAGUCUUCCAUUCGUGUGGCUUCUUAGAAAUUUCCCAGUAAACUGUGGGAACACUAGAUAACUACAUGCUGGAUGUGCAGAUGGAAUGAGGUGCAUCAGCUGGAAAAUUAGGUAAUUUGAUGGCUCGCGCUUACUAUUGGUGCAGGAGACUAUUUAAUACCAUUUAGGCUUACAGUUAUAUGGGCCUUGCUGCUGUUUCAUAUGGAUAGCUAACUAGUAGAGCAGUCUGACAAAUCUCUGGAUUUAUUGAUGACUGUGGCUGUAGUUCUGGUUUCCAUUAAGAUUCAGCAAAACCAAGAUAGAUCCAACAAAUGUUCAGUACAGGCUUAACAUAGCAUCUUUUCAAUGGUAUCCUUUUAGAAAUGAACAUGAGUGCCUUAUUUUCUUUUAACAGCUAUUGAUCUGUCCUGCAUUACUACAUGUGUACAGCAUUUGUACCCCAGAUCCCUUUGUUCAUCUCAUUAAUUUUUUAAUAAGUAUGUGGCCCCUUAUUCUAACCAGAAUGUACCACCUCAUGAAGGUUCAUUUGCUGAAUUCAGUUCAUUCUGCAUGCCUCUGGUUAUCUCCCUUUAUUUUAUUGCAGUCUUUUUCUGUUUAGCUCCACUGACUUGGUGGUGCUUACCAAUUUUUCAAUUUAAUUCCAGAUUCAGGUCCUGAGCCCAAAUGUGGACCCAGCAUUCAUCCUGGAACAACACUUUUGUCUUGUGGUUCUAUAAGGUUUGUUUUCCAUCCUCUUCAACAGCUAUUAGUUAUUCCUCGCCUGCCCAGAAUUUUUUGCAAUAAGAGUUUCAACUCUGUAAGUAAUCUUAACUCUGAAAUCUUCAUCUGUGAGCUUCGAUAGUAUGUGUGAGGUGUUCAACUCUAAAUACCAUCACUGAUCUGUGAUACUGAAGUCAGCACAAACAUUCUGACUGACACCACCCUAUUCUUGUUUCUUGUUGAGCUAAACCGACAAGGAACGACAGUCUUCAGAACAUGAAGCCUGUGACACCCACAUCCCAUAAGUGAAUUUUUUAAAAAACUGCCAUGAAUAUCUGGCAGAACACUGCAUCAUUUUUUAUCUUUAGAUAACUGACUUCUGUACAGUGAAUCCUUGUAUAUCUUUUGUAUGUAAUAUCUGAAGAUAGUUAUUAAAUAUUUGUUCCACUCUUA